CGUCUUAUGUCUUUAACUAUUAAUCAUUUUAAGAUAUGUUGUUAACUUUGGUGCUAUACUGAUUCAGCAUUCAAGGAAAGGCGGUAGUCAGCGAGUGUUAACCUAAUUAACAGCAAUUAUAGAUGGACCUCGGUAUUUAAAUGAUGCUAUUGCUAUCAGACAGGGUUCUCGUUCCGGUAAAACAAACUUGUUAUGAUGUUUAAGUGAGCUCUUAGAUAAAUUUGCGGUAGUUUGGUGCACGCGGGGUUUGAGGUACCUGGAAAACAAUAAAACAACACUAUGGACGAUAAGUACGGUAGUAAUGUCAUCUCCGGUGGGAAACUGGGACGAGUUGAGGUACCCAACGACAGACUGACGAAGUACAUAGUGCUCCUCUGUGUUACCAAACUUUUGAAGGCUCUUGGAAUAUUUGAAUCCUAUGAUCUCCUCAAAGUUGUGCAUAUUGUACAGUUCCUCUUCAUACUUAAAUUGGGGUGUGCAGUUAUCUUGGUUUUCUUCCAAAAGCCAUUUUCUUCUGGGAAAGUCAUCUCUAAAAGACAGUGGAUUAAGAUCUUCAAACACGCCGUCAUCAGCUGUGUUAUUUCUCUUCUGGGAUUUUUUGGCCUCACACUCUGUGGACCUCUGAGAACUCUAUUGCUGUUUGAGCACAGUGACCUGGUGGUCAUCUCCCUCCUCAGUGUUCUCUUCACUAGCUAUGGAGGUGGACCUUCCAAGACAAGGGGUGCUGCUUUUUUCAUCAUCGCAGUGAUCUGUCUGCUGCUGUUUGAUAAUGAUGACCUCAUGGCCAAGAUGGCAGAGCACCCCGAAGGACACCAUGACAGUGCUCUCACACAUGCAUUGUACACAGGAAUUGCCUUUUUAGGGGUGGCUGACCAUAAGGGUGGAGUGGUGUUGCUGGUCUUGGCCUUGUGUCUAAGAGUGGGCUUUAAUACAGCCUCCAGAAAGCUGUCGGUGGAAAUUGGGGGAGCCAAACGCCUCUAUGCCUUAUCCAACCUGGUCUCUUCACUGGUGCUGCUACCCUGGGUCUUGGUGCUUUCUGUCACUACUGAAAGCAAGGUGGAGUCCUGGUCUGCCCUCCUGUUUCCCUUCAGCAUGAUCAUCUUCUCUGUCAUGAUACUGGACUUCUAUGUGGACUCCAUCUGUGCAGCUAAAAUGGAGGCUCCACGUUGUGCCCGGUACAGUUCCAUCUUCCUCUUCCUCAGUGGCCUGUUGCUGGCUAACUUCUGGACCCACCCACUGACGGACCAGCUCCGAGCCAUGAGCAAACCAGGCCAGCAGACCAGCACAGAACACGUUCUCUCUGGAGGCGUACUGGUCAGCGCUGCUUUCUUCAUCAUGUCUGAUAAUAUAUUGUCCUCUCCAUCAAAGAAAGGACAGAAAGGCACACUGGUUGGGUAUUCCCCUGAGGGCACACCUCUUUAUAAUUUUAUGGGCGACGCCCUCCAGCACACAUCCCAAUCACUGCCACGCUUCAUCAAAGAAUCCCUGAAACAGAUUCUGGAGGAGUAUGACUCCAGGCAAAUCUUCUACUUCCUCUGUCUGAACCUGGCCUUCACAUUUGUUGAGCUCUUCUAUGGAGUAUGGACCAAUAGUCUGGGACUGAUCUCAGAUGGUUUUCAUAUGCUGUUUGACUGCUCAGCUCUGGUGUUGGGACUGUUUGCUGCACUCAUGACCAGAUGGAAGGCCACCAGAAUAUAUUCCUAUGGGUAUGGCCGUGUUGAGAUUCUCUCUGGGUUUAUCAACGGCCUUUUCCUCAUGGUCAUAGCCUUCUUUGUGUUUGUGGAGUCCAUCACCAGGCUCAUAGAUCCGCCCAAUAUCAAUACAGAUAUGUUAACGCCAGUAUCGAUUGGAGGUCUGAUCGUCAACCUGGUGGGCAUUUGUGCUUUCAGUCAUGCUCACUCUCACGGCUCUUCAAAAAGCAGCUGCACAGGGCAUGAUCACGGCCACUCGCAUCAUGGGCACGGGCAUGGGGAGCAUGGGCACGGAGGACAUGGGCACAGCCAUGGCGGGCAUGGACACACACACGGGCAUGGACAUUCCCACGGGUCAGGAGGAGGAGGAAUGAAUGCCAACAUGAGAGGAGUCUUUCUGCACGUCCUUGCAGACACACUAGGCAGUGUUGGGGUGAUUAUAUCCACAAUUCUUAUUCGUCAGUUUGGAUGGCUGAUCGCAGACCCCAUCUGUUCCCUCUUCAUUGCUUCGCUGAUCUUCCUCAGUGUCAUUCCAUUGCUGAAGGAUGCCUGUGAGGUUCUUCUCCUCAGAACACCUCCCGAGCAUGAGAAGGAUCUGAACAUUGCUCUAGAGAAGAUCCAGAAAAUUGAAGGCGUAUUGUCAUACCGUGAUCCUCACUUCUGGAGACAUUCAGCCAGUGUUGUCGCUGGGACGAUUCACUUGCAGUUGAUGUCAGAUGUGGUGGAGCAGAGAAUAAUACAGCAGGUGACUGCUGUGUUUAAAGAUGCAGGUGUGAAUAACUUGUCAGUUCAGGUGGAGAAAGAAGCCUACUUCCAGCACAUGUCAGGCCUCAGUACAGGAUUCCAUGAGGUUCUUGCUAUGACCCAACAGAUGGAGUCCAUGAAAUAUUAUAAAGAUGGAACAUGUAUCAUGUAAUAUGAGGUUUUAACAGAUGUAAAUGUUGAUCU